AUGACUGAUUAUUCUAUUGGUGAACAAUCCAUUUUAGAAACAAAACAAAACUGUCCAACCUUGCAGUAUGCGACUAAUGAGCGAUAUGACGUUAGAAGUAGAUUUCCUCAAGAACAAAAUCAAGAGACUAAUAGGCCACUGUUUUUAAUGGUUAAUGAGAAAAGGAUACACGCACUACCUAUCAAUCCUGUUAACAUAGAAACUGUGUCCUCAUCCGUGCAGUCACUGCAGUGUUACAGCGUUCAAAUUCCUGUAGUCGCAUAUCGCGAUACACCUUUACAAAUAUCGAGCAUGCUUACGCAAAUGGAAAAGGAUGUUAACAUGCCGUCCGUGUGUCAAAAUGACAGUGUGAAAGGUCGAGAAAUUGUCGGGAAUGUCUGUACAGAAUCGAUGAAGAGUAUCAGUUCGAUGCAUAGCUUCAAGGAGUCUAAGAAUGAAAAAUAUUCACUUGAUAAUAUUGAACAUUAUAACGCAAAGAGCAACGAUGAUAUCUCGAAGAACAAAAGUAUUUCCAAGAAUUGUGAAGGACACCACACUUCCGAGCGCAAAAUAGGCGUGAAGAAAAACGUCGCAUCGUUAAAUCAAGAUAUUACAAAGAAUAUCAUGCUCGAUAAUGAUCGUUGUGAAAACUUUGAUGAGUUAAAUAAUGCGGUUGAUGUCAAUGAUAAAAGUUUAAGUUACUCAAAUUUAAAUAUCGCUGCAAGAUCGAAAAAUUUCGUCGAUCAAAGCUACGUGAUAGAUUCUUGUAUCUCAAAUGGAGAAAAGAAUGAGAGAGAAAUGUUGAAACCGAGUGAAAGAAAUAUGACGAAAGCGCGGAUAUAUUCGUGUAUUGACACGGGGAUACAAAAACUGGCGCAUUACGCAAAAGAUAAUCGAGGCAAUGCAGUUAAAUCUUCGACAAAUGUAAUAAAUGACAAAAUACUGGAUAAAAGUUUAGCCUUUAGUCAAGUUGACGAUAAGGAGGAAUAUAGCAAAAGUAAUAUGAAAAAAGAAAGUAAGAAGGAAAAGCACGAAGAGGAAGAGCUGCGCAUUAACGUAAAACGUAAAACGGUACCGAUGAAUCUGUCAAAAAAGGCAAAGUCAUUCUUACGGAAGAAAUCCCGUUUCGCGAUUACAGAUUCCGACUGUACUCUGAUACUGCCUGGUUAUCGUGGCAUUAAAGGUAAACGAUAUAAAAAGAGCCGCGGUCGCUCCAAAAUAAGUCAAUCGUUACACGGAAGAAACGGAAUAAAUAGUACGAAUUCUAUAUUAGUAAAGUACAAUGCGUCGAAACAAGAUCGAAUAAAUUCUCGUUCGUUAACGAAUCUACGAAUGAGAAAUUCAUUUGAGAAGCCAUCAUCCAUUCCUCUGGAGACUCAAGAGCUGUUAAACAAAAGUUAUUGGGAGUAUUACUGGAAACUCCGAUGUAAAAUCAAGCCAGAUAAUGCAAAAGAAAAAGACGAAUGUUUAAACGAGCAUCUACCUGAAUCUCAGACUUUACGACAAUGUUCUGUCCUCUCCUGCAUGAUCAAUACAGCGCUUCGAGAUUCAACUCGAGCGACUGGUGACGAAAGAGUGUCUUCAAAUCCGAACAUGACAUCAGUUGCACAAGAAAGCGUUUCUGCAUUACCCAUGUUGGUGAAGAAGAUUCAACGAAAAAGAAUGAAGCGAGCGAGCAAACGAUUGUUCGGACUUCGAGCCAUAGGUACAAUAGAUAUGUUUCUUUCUCUCGUUCGCUCGCUCAACAAAACUAUUUUUUUCGAUUUACUUAAUUCUUAA